AUGGAGCCCAUGACCAAAUCGGGCAAGGAGGGGCAGGACGAUGCGGAGGACGUCGGGUGCACGGCCGCUCGCCGGGAGCGGGACUUCCUGAAGGGCUCGAUAGAGGACCUCUCGGCCCAGCUGCAGGUGGUCAGGGAGGCCCGGCUCGAGGGCAGCUCGCCAGUCGAGGCCUCCUGGCAUGUGUCGUCGGAUGCUUGGGACGCCGAGAUCGGAGAGGGCAGGUGCCCGGAGCAGCCGAGGAGCGGCGGCCGCGCCCUGCCGCCCGGCCUGCGGGCGGCCGGCGGCGCGCGAGGGGCAGACAGCCCCCGCGCCCCGAAGGACCGGGGCCCGCCCAAGCACGCGCGCGGCGGCGCCGGCAGCAGGGCGCGGCCCCGCGGCCCCACGACCCGCGGCGAGGCCUCUGGCCGGCCUCGGCGAGGGCACCCCGCCGCCCAGGGCGGCCCUGCAGAGCCCGCCUGGCGCCCCGCGAGGGCGCAAGGUGCCGGUGCCCGUCGCCCCCGCGCUGUCCGCCAAGGACCGUUUGCUGCCAUGAUGGAGGCGGACAUUCACGACCUCCUCGGCUUCCCAUCCAUUCCGGACCGACGUCGCUACGAUGAUGAAAGCGGACGUCCACCUCCGCUUCGACCUCCCGUCAGUGUCGGCGUCGCCGCCGCCGUCGUGGGGCAUCCCCUGCGGUCCCUGGGACGGCAUGCUGAGCGCGUCGGCCGCCCAGGCGGGAGCGUGAGGUGCACGAUGCUCCCUCGCAACAUGGCGGGGGGUCGAGUGUGAGGGCGGGGAGGUGGCGGCGAGCGUAUUCCCAGACCUGCUCGAGUCUUGACAGCACCAAGACGGGAGGUUUGCUCUUGUCGUUCUCGGCCUUCGGGGGCCCUCGCCUCGCCCUGGGACCGUAGCACAACCCGCGGGACUGGGUGGGGGCGUCCUGGGCCCCCGUAUGGAUUAUACAUCGACCGCCGUGGGUACGGAUGCUGGUGCUGGGAGUUGUCAGCCGAGGGCAUCGAUACGCCACCACGUAGACGUGCCCUCUGCGUGCGUGAGCUGGCCUGGAGUAGGAGGGCCACUCCGGGCAAGGCGAGAUUGGGGCUGGACGCCGUCCUCGAGAUCGAGUGAUAAGCCUCCGAUGCCAGGGGGUCGUCGGUGUUCUGGUAGGGCCACGCGGCGUAGGCGUCACACCGUGUGACUUCAGUAUCAGCGCGUACAGCCUGAUGGGUUCAAGCUGCAUUCUUUUCAAUUUCGAUUUGCGCGCGCACUGGAGGCGCUUUGGCGGUCUGUGUUACAAGAGUGAGCACACCGAUGCCAUCAGCGCUGCCAGGGAGUUUUGUCCCUGAAGUCGCCAGUUUUUGCACUGCUCAGACAAGCGAAGGGUUGGCUUGCCUGUUCCAGCGCGAUGCUGGACAAUGAAGCGGUCGGCUUCCGAGGAUUUGGGCGCAUCGCCCAGAUACGCCUCGGUCAAGUACUGAAUCAGCUGAAGGCCAUGCACUGCGAAGCCUGUCUCGGGUAUGGGUGGAGGGCAC